CCCUGCCCUCCUGGGCAGCCGGGGCAGGAAGGACGGCACCAAGGGAGCUGCCCAUGGACAGGGCCCCACAGAGACACCACCAAGCCUCGCAGGAGUUGCUGGCGGCAAAGAAGACCCACACCUCACAAAUUGAAGUGAUCCCUUGCAAAAUCUGUGGGGACAAAUCAUCUGGGAUCCACUACGGGGUUAUCACCUGUGAGGGCUGCAAGGGUUUUUUCCGUCGGAGCCAGCACUGUAACGUGGCCUACUCCUGCACCCGCCAGCAGAACUGCCCCAUCGACCGCACGAGCCGAAACCGAUGCCAGCACUGUCGCCUGCAGAAGUGCCUGGCACUGGGGAUGUCCCGAGACGCUGUCAAGUUUGGUCGCAUGUCCAAGAAGCAAAGGGACAGUCUGCAUGCCGAAGUGCAGAAACAACUGCAGCAGCAGCAGCAGCAGCAGCAGCAACGGGAACAAGCGGCCAAGAACCCUCUUGCUGGGGGUCAAGGGGCAGACCCCAUCUCCUGCACCUUGGGGCUCCCAGACGGGCAGCUACCCCUGGGCUCCUCGCCUGACCUACCCGAGGCCUCUGCCUGCCCCCCCGGCCUCCUGAGAGCCCCUGGCUCUGGGCCCUCCUACUCCAACAACUUGGUCAAGGCUGGGCUCAGCCGGGCCUCCUACCAACUGGAAUACAGCCCUGAGCGGGGCAAGGCCGAGGGCAGAGAGAGCUUCUAUCACACAGGCAGCCAGCUGCCCUCUGACAGAUGUGGGCUUCACUUUGAGGACCCCAGGCAUCCAGGGCUUGGGGAGCCAGGACAGGGCCUCAACAGCUACUGCAGCCCCAGUUUCCGCAGCACCCCAGAGGCACCUUAUUCCUCCUUGACAGAAAUAGACCACCUGGUACAGAACGUGUGUAAGUCCUACCGAGAGACGUGUCAGCUGCGGCUGGAGGACCUGCUUCGGCAGCGCUCCACCAUCUUCUCCCGGGAGGAGGUGGCCAGCUACCAGAGGAAGUCUGUGUGGGAGAUGUGGGAACGCUGUGCCCACCGCCUCACCGAGGCCAUUCAGUACGUGGUGGAGUUCGCCAAGAGGCUCUCGGGCUUCAUGGAGCUCUGCCAGAACGACCAGAUCGUGCUACUCAAAGCAGGAGCAAUGGAAGUGGUGCUGGUGAGGAUGAGCCGCGCCUACAAUGCUGACAACCACACAGUCUUUUUUGAAGGCAAAUACGGUGGCAUGGAGCUGUUUCGAGCCUUGGGCUGCAGUGAGCUCAUCAGCUCCAUCUUUGACUUCUCCCGCUCUCUGAGCGCCUUGCACUUUUCCGAGGAUGAGAUCGCCCUCUACACGGCCCUGGUGCUCAUCAAUGCUAACCGGCCAGGGCUUCAGGAGAAAAGCAAAGUAGAACAACUGCAGCACAACCUGGAGCUGGCCUUUCAUCAUCACCUCUGCAAGACUCACCGCCAAGGCAUCCUGGCAAAGCUGCCGCCCAAGGGGAAGCUCCGGAGCCUGUGCAGUCAGCACCUGGAGAAGCUGCAAACCUUCCAGCAUCUCCACCCCAUCGUGGUCCAGGCUGCUUUCCCCCCUCUCUACAAGGAGCUCUUCGGCACAGAAAUCGACUCCCCGGAGGGGCUGUCUGCGUGA